ACAUUCCAUCAGACAUGUCGUUUAAGAGGGUAUGUAUGUUCCUUAUGUUCGAGGUGAUAGUGACUAUUCCCACUGCUAUCAUGAUCUACUGGCUCCUAUCUCUUCAUACUGAUAACUUCACUGGAGAUAACAUGCUAGUGUACCUACACGGAAUAGUGAUGAUGUUCGCGUUCACGUACCUGCUCGCGCAGGGUAUCGCGCUAGUGCGCGUGUGUCCCAGUUCUCGGCACUGUGCCAGGAUUACCCACUCCAUCUUCAACACUUUGUCUUUACUGUUUGGUAUUGCGGGACUUAUCCUUAUCAUCAGCUACAAGUCUGAGAAUAAUAAAACACAUCUCUACUCACUACACAGUUGGUGUGGAAUUCUUCUGCUCUUAAUUCUAGUGAUACAGUUUAUGGGGGGUUGUAUUGUGCUACAGUCGUGUUGUAAAGGUGCGUCGCUGAAGUCGAGACUGAACUACGUUCCAAACCAUGUUGCUAUGGGAACAGCAGUGUUGCUGUUAGCAGCAGUUUGUGUAAUUAGUGGAGUUGUUAACCUCAAGGAGUAUAUAGGGGUAGCUCGGCAGGAAGAUAAGAGCCUAGAUUUCGAGAACUCCCUGCUGAAUCUCAUGGCAGGCUCUGCUCUCCUCGUCUUUGUGAUUAUAUUGUGUAUAGCUGUGUCGCGGAGAUCCCGUAAAAGCGGGCUCGGUUCUGAGGAGUCAAUGGGAGCAGGUAAGCUAAACUUUAGAGACGGCUCCUCCUCGGCAGCGCCUCAUCCCAGAUCAGACAAGUACAGGAAUGAAUCCAGUGUCAAGUCUAAAAACAUCAGUGAAGAUACUGCUUACAGUUCGGGGCCGGGUUCUGCACACCCGCACAGCGAGAGAUCUCUCUCCAGACCACGUGACUCAGAAUCCAGACCACGUGACUCAGAAUCCAGACCACGUGACUCAGAAUCCAGACCACGUGACUCAGAAUCCAGACCACGUGACCCAGAAUCAAGACCACGUGACUUAGUGGACCAGGCUGCCAUGUCACAGAGGAGAGACGUUGAACCUCCGCAACCUAGGAGAGGAUCCGCCAACUUGCCUCGCAGAGAUAGUGGUCACAGAGACGGUGGACCCCACUCUCCUAUAGGACCCCACUCUUCUCCAGCUCCUCGGCUAUCAGACGUAGAUGGAGAGCCCACUUCUCCUGGCAGAACGAGUCUCAGAUCACAGAGGUCUCAAAGAGACACUUAUAGAAACCACGAACCAGCCACGUCUCCAACAGUCAGGAGUGAUCCGAGGGACAUGUCUCGUCGACCUUCAUUUCCUCCCGUCACUCCCGGACAUUACCCCCAACGUCACCCCAGCUCUGGUCACCAACCCCGUCCUCCUGUUCCAGACUACCCCAGAUCCGAUCCUUCUUAUCAGUUACCUUAUCACGAGCCACCUCUUGACCAGUCACGUGAUAUCACGGCACGUGGUAACCAGGGAAACACACUAUCGUCGCCUGAUAUUCCGCCCCUUUUCGAGAACAAUGUGUCUCAUCUCCGGUCAUCCAGAAGGGGGGUGCCACCUCCUCUUGACAUGUCGCCCCCCGUUCAGUUCGCUCCUGUUAACGUUGUCAAUCCCUUCCCGUCUCGUUAUGGUGGACAGGCACCCCAAAACGAGGACCUGAAACAGUCACCAAUGUACAGUCCUGACCAAACUCCAUCUGACAGAUACAAUCCUAGCUACCCUGACCAGCCCUCCAACCCGCUGAUCCAACCCGCUUAUAACCAUGACAACCCGCAAAUCCAACCCGCUUAUAACCAUGACAACCCGCAAUCUCCGCCCUACAGCCCGCAACAGCAGACCACCACAUUCAACGCCAGACCCCCCGGAAGACACCAGGUUGCCAGGCAACACAGGCACCAAGUUAGGCGAGCUAAAGUCGAGAAGGCUAACCUAGAGUUAAAACGACCGGUCACACCUCCUGCUAGUUCUUACACGGACUCUCUGGCUCCUGCUCGAGUCAGUACCAGCCCUCUUCAGAUAUCCUCUCCUGAGUCUAUACCGGACGUUGAUAGUUCUGUUCUCAGUGAAGAUGUAGAUGGUACAGCUCCAAGGCGAGGCAGGACGAGUUAUCGCAAUGCAGUGAGAGAUGAUGCUCCCCCUCCCCUCGUCCCUCCUCCUCCGCAACAGUUCGAGAUGAUCAGAGGUGGUUCUAAGGACGAUGAUCAGGGCAUUUGUUGGUUAUAGUUUUAGAUUUUUAUCGUGAAACCCUCAUUUAGUCAGUAGCAAUAUCUUAUUAAACAUGCUGGUAGAUGUUUACAAUUUCGGAGGCAUUUUCUUAUUUUAUAUUAUGAACUUUCAUCAAAUAGUUGAAUAUUGAUGCGUUUGUAAGUUGUAUACAUAGUUACAGAAAGGUGCGUUUUAGGACUGAUACACGAUCACUAUUACUCAAUUAGUGAAAUAAUUUCACUUUUAGACGUUAGUGAAAUCAGUCGCACAGAAAUCGAGAGAUAAAUUGGUUGAUAACAGUAGGAAGAACAUUUCAAAUUUGAGAAUUAUUAUCAUUCAGAUAAGAUAAACACGUUUAAAAUGCACAAUUGACAGUAUGACAUAGAAUUUGUAUUUUAUUCCAAUUCUACCAUCACAGCUUAUUCCACCAAUGAAAG